CCAGGUGAAGCAGCAGGCACCGGGCCCCCAGGCGGGGCGACAGGCAUUGGGCCCCCAGGCGGGGCGACAGGCAUCGGGCCCCCAAGCGGAGCGGCGGGCGCCGGGCCCCCAGGAGGGGCGACAGGCAUCGGGCCCCCAGGCGGGGUGACAGGCAUCGGCCCCCCGGCGGGGCGACAGGCAUCGGGCCCCCAAGCGGAGCGGCGGGCGCCGGGCCCCCAGGAGGGGCGACAGGCAUCGGGCCCCCAGGCGGGGCGACAGGCAUCGGGCCCCCAGGCGGGGCGACAGGCAUCGGGCCCCCAGGCGGGGCGGCGGGCGCCGGACCCCCAGGCGGAGCGACAGGUCUCGGGCCCCCAGGCGGAGCGGCGGGCGCUGGACCCCCAGGCGGAGCGACAGGUCUCAGGCCCCCAGACGGAGCGGCGGGCGCCGGAUCCCCAGGCGGAGCGACAGGUCUCGGGCCCCCAGGCGGAGCGGCGGGCACCG